AAAAAGCUCAAAAAAGUCAACGAGGGCAAAAGCAAAACUUCUGCCAUCAACUUUUUGGUUUCUUUAGUUAAUGUUUGCUUUCCUUUGCAAAGAAAGAGAGAAAACACAGAGGGAACGCCGAGAACCUACCAGUUAGUGGGACGUCCGUGAGGCCUGCGUCCCGUAGGUGAGAGGGAGACAAAGCGACUGCGCAAAUAAAACAAAAAAAUACAACAAAAAACAACAAGCCAAGCUUGAAACGGAAGACUUUCAAAUAAAACAAAUAAAAAACCAACAAAAAACAACAAAACCAAACAAAUUGUAAACGCUGUGAAAUUAACUCGUCAAUACUCAAAAGCACCAACAAAAAAACACAUAAAAACCAACAACAAACGCAAAACUAAAAAGAAAUUGAUAAAAAGAGGAAGCGAAAGCAAAAGCAAAAAACGGCAAGCACUGAAAAACCAACGGAAAAACCUAGAGGUAGGAUAAAAACCGGCAGACGUUCUGUGAACGUCUCAAGAACUCGAAUAACAGUAAAAGGCAAACAACACGUGAAAAAAGAAACUUUCUAAAAGCAAAAUCAACAUCAAUCCCAAAAUUCCUCAUUUAAUUUCCUGCAAAAAGCUUUAAUUUAAUUACGAAUUUUUCUGUUAAGUCAAAGUGAAUUCAAUUUGCUAAUUAUUUAACAUUAAGCCAACCACAAAAGGAAGCUACAGAAGCAGCAGCAACAACAAAAACAACAAAAGAACACCAACCAACAAACAACUGAAUUAAUGUUUUAAAGUACAAAAAUAACCGGGAGUAAAACAAAACUAUAACAAAACAAAUAAACAAUUUAAGUUAAACGCAACAUCAAUCUUAAAUUAUUGAAAUACAAAAGAAAACAGAAACUUCUAGCCUUUAAGCCUAGAUAACGGUAUAAGCCCAUCGGGCCGAGGACAGUGUGUGCGCGCAAGAGAGCCGGAUAGGAAGAGAGCCAGAGAAAAGUAGCCAGGAGCACGAAAUAACUAAAGGAAGAAGGAGCAAAGCAAAAUAAACGAUAAAGCAACAAUUGUGCCGCAAAAAUGUGUGAAUAGCAAAAGCAUAAAACAAAAGGAAUCUACUACAUAACGGUAACAAUAAAGCAAAAAAAAAAAAACAUUAAAACCAAAAAUCUACAAGAAUUCUAUAAGUUUUAAGUACCGUUUUACACCACAACAAAACACGAAGAAGAAGGAGAAUGAGAAUGAAACCCUAGUACAUCUAUGCAAAUAAACGCAAAAACAAAACAAAACCGUUAAAACAUAAACGAAAAACUUAGCCAACACAUUUUUUUUGUACAUAAACCGAGCGAAAAGAAAACACGGAAAAAUAUAGAAAGAAAACUGAGGACAACAAAACUGUGCCGGCCUUGUGCCCUCCCAAAAAAAAUCAACAACAACCGUUUUUAUUUUACAACAAAACAUGGUUUUUUACUAGUUUUUCAGUUGAAUUUUUUUAUAAGUGUACCUAGUGAGAAAUGUUAAAAGUCUAAAACAACAACAGCAACAACAAAAAGCAACUGCAACAAAGGAAAGUAAAGAAAAACAAAACAAAAAAAACAAAAAACAAAACAAAUUCAAAGAAAGAUUUAACAACUCUGUGAUAAUUACUGUAAAUUUAUAAAUUUAAACAAAAAGAAAAAAAGAACAAGAAAAAACCACAAAAAAAAUCUCUAACGGAAUGAAAGGGAAAUAACUGUAAUUUUUAACAAUAGCAAAGGAGCGAAAGCUGAAAAAGGAGAGCGAACGAAGAGAGAGAGAGAGAGAGAGAAUAUCUUAAACCAACAACAACUUUACACUUAAGAGCAAAUGCAAAUGAAAAGAUAAAAAAACAUUGAAACAAAUUCGUGAUAUCUUAAAGGACUUCGAUACAUAUAUACUAUAGUAUAUUAUAUAUUAUAUUAUAUUAUAUAAACUAUUAAACUAAGCUUAAAUCUAGUAAGCAAAAAAACCGAAAGAAUAAGUGAAAAACAAAAACAAAAACCAACCAACCAACAACAAAACAAGCAAAAUAAAAACCCUAGGUUAUAAAAAAAGACUUCAAAACGCAUUCAAAAAAAAAAAAAUAUUAUUAUUUAAACAAAUAAACCACAAAUAAAAAUCGUAGUCGCUAAGAUUUCAAACAACCAUAGUAAAUGAUCAGAGAAGAACGAACCUCUCCGCUGUAUGGGAGUAUCUACAUACAUAUAUCGACAUAAAUAUAUAUCUAUAUUCUAAAGCCGUAAAAGCCCCGUAAUUUUUGCUUAGUGAAUAGUAAAUGAAACAGCAAUAGCAAGAACAACUGCAGUAACAAAUCAUACAAAUUGUGCAACCGAAAAGUAAUAGCAACGUACAGCGAAAAGAUUUAACAAAAAUAAACAGACUAGCAGAAGGAGGAGGAGUAUUGAAGAAGAAGAAAAGGAAGUCGAGAGGAGAAGCUUGCAAACCCUAGAAGCUGCCACAGCCGUCACACAAGCAAUCAACGUGAAAGCAGCCAGCCCCCAUCGUCCGCCCCUCCACCCACAGUCGUCGUCGUCGAAUAGCGCCCAGCCCACACACACUACAAUCUAGGGCCAAAUCCAGCUCCAGAAUCACUCAAGAAUUAAGGGAAACCGUGAAACCGAAAAGCAAAUAUAUUAAUAAAUCACUACUACUUCCUAUAAACCACAACGAUUGCCUACAAAUAUAUAUUAUAUACAUACAUAUAUAUAUAUAUAUAUUAUGUACAUUAUAUAGAAAGAACAAUUAUAAUCACUUCCCAAAAACAAAAGCAAAAACAAAAAAAAACACAAAAUAUUCAAAUAUCAAACAAACAAAACCUAAUCUAACCGAAAAGUAAAAGUAUUCCCAGUGUAUUUUUCUAGUAAAACUAAAAUAUAAAAAAAUAUACCAAUAUUACAAAAAAAUCAACCGAUAAAAAAUCAACAAAAAAUGCAAUAAAAUUCAAAUAAAAUAAUUCAAAUUCAAUUCUUAAAUACAACAAACAAAAAACACUGAAAUCAACGGCGCAGCAGCUGAAGCUGGAAAAGGAAAUGCAUUUUCAUCGUAGACCACGAACAAGAACCAUAUUUUGAAGUACCCCCGAAAACACACAUAAAACACACAACAAGGAGCGAUUCAUCAAGGAAGCAGUGAAGAUAAAGAGGAGAGAGUAAGGAGAAGGAGCAACCACAACUACCAAAAGGAUAACCAGAAACUACAACGUUACAAUAUUUGUCGGCAUUUUUUACAAAACAAACAAAAACACAACCAGGAAACACACAAAACACAACAAACCAACAAACCAAGAAAAACCAAAAGAAAGAAUAGCAAUUUUUUCUGUGUGGUAAAAGACAAAAACUUUUAUUAACUUCGAAGACAAGGAAUUUCAGUGCCUCUUGUGCCAGUGUUUAGCCAAAAUAUAUAUACACAAAAAACAAAAACAUUAAACAAAAAGAUUUAAAAAACAAAACAAACAAAAAUAAGAAAAAACGAACAAAACAAAUACGUAUUUAUUGCUUAGUUCUUUUUUCCUCUUUGAUAAAUAACAAUUACACUAAAAAUCGAAAAGAAUAAGGAUACAAAAAUAACAAAAACAACAAACAAUAAAACACAAAAACAGUUUUAGUUUUUCCUUUUGUGGGCCACUUUUUGGACCCAAUCGUCGCCGCGCGCUCUCUUCAUCGUUCCAUCGUUCUCGUCACACGGACUUCUCGGGGUGUUUUAUCAUCCUAAAAAGAUCAUCAACGUAAGGCACCCAGUCAGUGCGCCAGUCGUCGUCUUGCUAGUCCUCUUAUCAGCAUUUGUUCUACUUUUUUUCCUCAUAUCGAAUCAAUCGAUCAAUCAAUCAAUUCAGCAUGAAUACGCAAUCGAAGGUUUAUCGCACAGGCGAAGAGAUCUACGAAAACUUGCCAUGCGAUGGUUAUUUCAAUAUAAAUGCCAUUCGCAAUUUGGGUAUACCCACAACUUUCCCUACCAUUGGAACAUUUACGCUUGACUCCACCACUUUGGGCCUGCAGCCUCAACCGCCGCAGGGUCCAUCGCCUCAGCAGCAGCAGUCCAUGCAUCAUCUUCAACAGCAGCAGCAACAUCAACAACAACAACAGCAGCAGCAACAACAACAACAACAGUUGCUACUAUUUCAAUUGUUAACGAGCGAAAGCGCCGUAGUCACGCACACGUCGUUGGAUCAGCAGCAGCAGCAGCAGCAGCAGCCAGAGCUACAGCCAGACAGCAGCAGCAGGAAAGUGCAGUCGACAGUGAAAAUGUACCAGCCCCAGAGACAGACAAGGCCCCAGGCCCAGUGCCAGAGUCAGCUACAUCCCCAGUUAAGGCUUAAGCGCCAGCUGUUUGGCGCACUGCUUGCCAUGUUAAUGUUGACGGCAUCCACCGCUAAUGGCGCCGUCACAGACUCUCCCAUUAAGAUCAUCAAGCUGCCCGCACAGGCGCCUGUCAUACGUUACCGCAGUGCCGAUGCCUCGCCGGACUCGCUGCUGAUCAACUACCGCCAGGAUGCGCAGCCCGAGCUGUCGUCCACGCUGAUGCAGGCACCAGGAGCAGCAGCCGCCGCUCUAGAGAGUCUGUUGCGCGAGGAGACCGAACAGCUGCAGCAGGCGCAGAUGGGCAGGCAGAAUCGUGCCAGCAGCUCCAACAACAGCUGCCCGAGAUCGUGUCCGCCUAGUCUGACGGUGGGUGCAGAGCCGGUCUGCGGCAGCGAUGGCUUGAUCUAUGCAAACAUCUGCGAACUGCGAAAGAAGACGUGCACACGAAAUGGCCUGUCGCUGGUGAAGGACGAGCGGGAGGGCUGUGAGCGGUCGAAGGGCUCGGAGUGCAAGCAUCGCUGCAGCACGGAGAAGGAUCCUGUGUGUGGCACCGAUGGUCGCACCUAUCUGAAUCGCUGCAUGCUGCGUGUACAGUCCUGUCGCGUGGGACUGGCUGCCGUCAAACUCUCGCAUGUGGGUCCCUGCAGCAACACGAGCGCCGUACGGGAAUCCUGUCCCGUGGACUGCAACAGCGCACCCAAGGACGGACCCAUCUGUGCCUCCGAUGGGAAUGUGUACAACUCCACGUGCGAGAUGAAGCUGCACACGUGCGGCCAGGGCGUGGUGAAGACCAGCCGCAAGCACUGCCAGUCGACGCGGAUGUGCCGCGAGUCCUGCUGGCGCGUGGCCAGACCCACCUGUGGCUCCGAUGGACGCCUCUAUGCCAGCCCCUGCAAGAUGCGCUCCUCCAACUGCGGCAAGCAUGUGUUCGAGGUGCCACUCUCGUUUUGCAUGACCCAGGAGCGGCAUGGCAAUGCUGCGGAUGCCUGUCCCACCGAUUGCCCCAAGACCUCGGCGGACUCCCCCUCGCAAUAUGUGUGCGGCAGCGAUGGCAACAUCUACUCCUCCCUGUGCGAGCUGAAGAUGCUCAACUGCGGGCCACAGCGCAAGUCCAUACAGAAGAUGAGCAUGGACAAGUGCAAGAAUCGGUUGAUUCGCUGCAAGCAGCUGCCGCCCUGCAAGGACUUUAACAAUCUCUUUGGCUCCAUCUUCAGCUCCACGCGAAACGACAAGCUGUGCGGCACAGACGCCAAAACCUACAACAACGAAUGCGAGCUUGCCCAUGCCACCUGCCUACGCGGCGUGAAUCUGGCGCACAUUGGUCCCUGCACGGAUCUGAAUACGCCCAGCAAGGAUUGCGGCGAUGCCUGCACUCGUGCGGACCUCGUGCAGCAGCCGGUGUGCGGCUCCGAUGGCAACACCUUUGCCUCGCUGUGCGAGUUCAAGCGACGCACCUGCCACAUGCGCGUGGUGGCCGUUUCGCUGAAGAACUGCGCCCUGACUGCCGACUGUGACUCGGAUUGCGAUGCGCAGCCACCGAAUUUCGUGUGCGGAUCGGACAACAGGUUCUACAAGUCCGAGUGUCACAUGCGCAAGGAGAACUGCGGCAAGCAUGUCUUUGUGGUGCCCCUCAAGCGCUGCCUGGCCGCCUUCCAGUUCAAGGGUUGUGCACGCAUCUGUCCGAGGGAGUUCGAGCCCGUGUGCGGCAGCGACAAUAAGACAUAUCUGAACGACUGCUUCCUGGACAUUGAGAAUUGUCGCACCAAUAGCACGGUGGAUGUGCAGCACUAUGGCGCCUGUGGACGCCCCGAGGCGCCCUCCACUAAUUUCCUGUAUUAGCCGGAGCAACGUGACGCCUUCGAGUUUCACUUGGCAUUUAAUAUUUGUAGGCUAUAGUCUUGUAUUGUAUUUUUUUAAAGCGAUAUUUAUUGAGUUUUGCAUUAAAACCCCCGAACGAACUUA